AUGGGCACGAACACACGGAGGGUGGAAGGGAAGAGCUGGUUUUUGCUGAGGAAGGUCAUCUCGGCUGUCUACAAGGCCUGGCUGUGCUCCGAGUAUUUCAACGUGACCCAACACCAGUGCCGACACCGGAUCCCAUGCAAGCAAUACUGCCUGGAGGUGCAGACCAGGUGCCCGUUUGUGUUACCGGACAAUGACGAGCUGAUCUAUGGAGGUUUGCCUGGCUUCAUCUGUACGGGGCUGCUGGAGAACCAGCUGCCUGACGAGGAGGCCAAGUGCUGCGAGGUGCAAUGGGACUCCUGCGACCACCCCCCAGACAGCAACGACAACACAUCCCCCAAAUCCACAGCGUCAGAGUCACUCCAUUUCCACCGCCACGACCCCCACCUCCAUCACCAGCGGCAGAACCACUACCACCUCUACCACCACCACCACCAGUAUCACCAGCCCCACUCCCCAUCCUUGCUGCCAGUCUCCGCAGGGUCUCGCCUCGGCAGCAGCCGGAUCAGACUGUGCGUGCUGGUCCUGAUGCUUCUCCACACCAUGGUGUCCUUCUCGAGCGUGCACGGCGGCAGCGGGGCAGCCGGCGGAGGGCUCAGCCUGGAGGCCCUGCCCGCCCUGGAGGAGAGCGUGGCACGGGACGAGUGAUGCGGAGGAGAAAGCCGACCUCCAAGAAGAACGCCAGAUCUUUUUCCACUAAGGGGGGCACAUGCUAUUCCUCCAAUGGGAGGCACGGGAUUGGGGGUGACGCACACACACACACCCCCGCACAUACCCCCAAGAGCUGCUCGCCGCGGGGCAUCCCCGUGAUGAAGAGUCUCUAAUGCGCACAGGGCUGCGGGACUCGGCUUUGAGAAG